AGCUGACUUGUGAUGAGUUGGCAGCACCACUCGUAGCUUAACAUUUGUGUUUUGUUUUAAACAAUAAUUAAAUUGGACAAAAUUAAAAGAUGUUGGUCACACGAGCAGCGGCUAGACUGGCCACCGGCUUCUCUACAGCGACACUGUUGGCGCCACACACAAGCAGAUCACAUAUAUUAGCGGCGCUGCCCAGUCGUUUUAAUGAACAGUGCAGACUGUGCUCCACCUCUGCCGGCGUCGCAGAAAGGCCAGAGAAGGCAACUAAACAUAAAGUUGAUGACGGCAAUAUAUUAAAACGUGUUCUAAACAAAGUGGGGUUUGCGCCCAAUGCAAAAGCUCGCCUUAAGGUCACAAGUCAUUUACUCUACGAGACUGUGGCGGAUAAAAUAAACUAUGUUGCCUUCUUUCGGGAUUUCAAUCUACCUAAUACCUUUAACUCUUGGUUUUUGGUUACUGAAUUGCAUGUGUGGUUGCUACUGAUGCGAUCCAUGGCUGAAGGCUCAGAGACUGGCGAGGAUGGGCGCUUUCUGCGCAACUGUAUUGUGGAAGCUAUGUGGGGAGAUGUCAAUACUCGUGCCAAAAAAUUAGGCGCUCACAAUCCUUCGGCCACAAGGCAACAAAUCGAAACUUUGUCAGAACAGUUCCAGGCAGCGCUUAUUGCCUACGAUGAAGGUAUCAUGUCAGACGAUCGUGUAUUGGCUUGUGCCCUGUGGCGUCGUUUCUUUGAAAUGGAGUGCGAGGAUUAUACGCAUAUAGAGCGGCUUGUCAAGUAUGUGCGCAAGCAAGCACUUAUGCUGGAUAGUAUACCUCGCGAACAGUUCAUAAUCAAGCCCAAGGUGGAUUGGCAUGAUCUGGACAAGUGCAAAAUUGAUGAGGCUUAGAAUAUGUUCUCUUAGUUGGUUUUUAUUAAAGUCAAAUUAUAUACAAGUUUAAA